CUAAUAGAAUGGUAGACGAAUGGAAGAGACUUGGCAGUCGUGCAUGUGGUGAAUUUCACUGUGAUAGGCACACUAUUAUUAAUAGGUAAGGUAAAUUCAUUAAUAGGAUAAUAGUUUUAUUGUAAAGGUUUUCAUUGAUAAGAUAAGAAAUACAGCUGGAGCUCCUCCCCUGAAGGUGUAAUAAGAGCGACGGUCACUAAAGGGAGUCUCGCUCCCCGGGAGUGUGGCUCAGGAUGUGGCUCGCGCCUGCGCCGGGGGUCACUGGUGAGUGUGUUACCAGGCUGCUUAGUGAAGCAAGACAAUGUACACAACGACAGCACAGAUGGCCGUGACGUCCAGGAAGGCAUCAGCCUCAUCAGACCAGUCAUCACUGGUUAUCAAUUCGAGGGCUUCCCAUGGAUCCUCAUCCUCUUCAGACCAGUCAUCACUGGUUAUCAAUUCGAGGGCAUCCCAUGGAUCAUCAUCCUCAUCAGACCAGUCAUUACUGGUUAUCAAUUCGAGGGCAUCCCAUGGAUCCUCAUCCUCAUCAGACCAGUCAUUACUGGUUAUCAAUUCGAGGGCAUCCCAUGGAUCAUCAUCCUCAUCAGACCAGUCAUUACUGGUUAUCAAUUCGAGGGCAUCCCAUGGAUCAUCAUCCUCAUCAGACCAGUCAUCACUGGUUAUCAAUUCGAGGGCAUCCCAUGGAUCAUCAGCUUCAUCGGUGAUGGCGGCCACCGAUUCGGCGGAUGCCCAAGGAUCAUCACCCUCAUCAGACGAGUCAUCACGGGUCGUCACUUCAAGGAGUGCCAAUGGAACAUCACCCUCAUCAGACGAGUCAUCACGGGUCAUUGCUUCAAAGGCUGGCCACGGAUCAUCACCCUCAUCAGACGAGUCAUCACGGGUCGUCACUUCAAGGAGUGCCAAUGGAACAUCACCCUCAUCAGUCGAGUCAUCACGGGUCAUUGCUUCAAAGGCUGGCCAUGGAUCAUCACCCUCAUCAGACGAGUCAUCACGGGUCGUCACUUCAAGGAGUGCCAAUGGAACAUCACCCUCAUCAGACGAGUCAUCACGGGUCAUUGCUUCAAAGGCUGGCCAUGGAUCAUCACCCUCAUCAGACGAGUCAUCACGGGUCGUCACUUCAAGGAGUGCCAGUGGAACAUCACCCUCAUCAGACGAGUCAUCACGGGUCAUUGCUUCAAAGGCUGGCCAUGGAUCAUCACCCUCAUCAGACGAGUCAUCACGGGUCGUCACUUCAAGGAGUGCCAAUGGAACAUCACCUUCAUCAGACGAGUCAUCACGGGUCAUUGCUUCAAAGGCUGGCCAUGGAUCAUCACCCUCAUCAGACGAGUCAUCACGGGUCGUCACUUCAAGGAGUGCCAAUGGAACAUCACCCUCAUCGGUGAUGGCGGUCACCAAUUCGGCGGGUGCCCAUGGAUCAUCAGCCUCCACGGACCAGUCAUCACGGGUCAUUGCUUCAAAGGCUGCCCAUGAAUCAUCAGCCUCAUCGGUGAUGGCGGUCACCAAUUCGGCGGGUGCCCAUGGAUCAUCAGCCUCCACGGACCAGUCAUCACGGGUCAUUGCUUCAAAGGCUGCCCAUGAAUCAUCAGCCUCAUCGGUGAUGGCGGUCACCAAUUCGGCGGGUGCCCAUGGAUCAUCAGCCUCCACGGACCAGUCAUCACGGGUCAUUGCUUCAAAGGCUGCCCAUGAAUCAUCAGCCUCAUCGGUGAUGGCGGUCACCAAUUCGGCGGGUGCCCAUGGAUCAUCAGCCUCCACGGACCAGUCAUCACGGGUCAUUGCUUCAAAGGCUGCCCAUGAAUCAUCAGCCUCGACCAUAGCAACAGAGGUCACCAAGUCUGGGGCUGCCCAUGAAUCAUCAGCCUCCACGGACCAGUCAUCACGGGUCAUUGCUUCAAAGGCUGCCCAUGAAUCAUCAGCCUUGACCAUAGCAACAGAGGUCACCAAGUCUGGGGCUGCCCAUGAAUCAUCAGCCUCCACGGACCAGUCAUCACGGGUCAUUGCUUCAAAGGCUGCCCAUGAAUCAUCAGCCUCGACCAUAGCAACAGAGGUCACCAAGUCUGGGGCUGCCCAUGAAUCAUCAGCCUCCACGGACCAGUCGUCAUGGGUAGUCACUUCAAAGGCUGCCCAUGCAUCAGCCUCAUCGGUCCUGGCCACCCCGUCAGUGGCCGCACGCGGUGCAGGGGUCACCGCCCGGACGGGCUCGCCACACCGCCUCCCGUUGCACCGGAGGCUGGUGAAGGCGGGCCCGUCGUCACAGAAGAGCGAGAAGUGGAGGCCGCUGAUGUUGUCCAGCAGCCAGGCCAGCGGCAUGGAAGAGGUGAAGACUGGCUUCCUAAGCGAGGCGAAUUGCACCCUGACGGCCGCGUUGCCGUCUUUCUUGCACAGCUUCGCCAAGGGCACACGCAGCUCACCCUCGGCGUGGCAGCCUUGAAUCCCAGAGACGCAAGACCAGCCUUCCACGGGGAGCUUGACGGAGGCGACCGUACGCCUCCUCUUCAGGCAGCAGGUGGAGUCCUUGCACGAGAGCUUGAUGGAGUCCACCAGGGAGGAGCCUCGCUCCAAGGUUACC